AAGGAGUCAUUUUUCUUUCACCUGAAAGCUGCGAGGAGACUUGGCGCGCCUCUCCUCGCUAGGGCCCAAGCUCUCUGGACACGGGGUCGAGUGCGAACGGACCCGCAGAACGAACACCGGCCGAUUUCCAGGGCGUGCGAGAGCGUGAGCCGGGCUGUCCGCCGGGCCCCCAAGCUCGCAGGGAGGGGGCAGGCCAGCCCAGGCUGUGCGGCGCGUUUACAAAAAGUGACUUGGAGAUGAACUCGCCCGUGCAAGACUGGCCGCCCAGCUAUAGGGGCGAAGGCGCCUGACGCAAGCGGAACUCGGCGGAGCCCAUACGAAUCAGAACAGAGCGAGGCUCCUGGCGCACUAGGGACUCGGGGCGGCAGCUCAGCCUGAGACGCGGGUCGUGCUUCGAAAACCCGAGCGUGGGGGAGGGGGAAAGCUCAGUGAAGAAAACCCACCGAGGCGGGGACUGGCCUGGCGGGGAGGGGCAGCGAGGCCGGAGCCCCUUCUGUUGGGAAGACUCCCCAUGGCCAGAGGCUGAGCUCUACUCCGGCUGCUCCCCAAGGGAAGGGAAAGAAGAGUGGAGAGGAGCGAGAGGCCGCCAGCGAGCAGGCGCCGCGGCAUCAGGCGACUCCAGAAGUUUGAGAUUCGGCCGCGAGCGGACUUGCGCGCCCAGACUCCCCGCCGCGCCAGCGCCGGCAGAGGAGAGCGAGGGCUGCCCGGCUGCUGCGCGCCGGCUUUGUCAUGAUGGCCAGCUACCCCGAGCCCGAGGACGCCGCGGGGGCCCUGCUGGCCCCGGAGACCGGCCGCGCAGCCAAGGACCCUGAGGCGCCGCCGCCGAGCCCAAGCAAGAGCAGCAGUGGCGCCGGGACAGCUCCGGAGAAGCCGGACCCGGCGCAGAAACCCCCUUACUCGUACGUGGCGCUCAUCGCCAUGGCGAUCCGCGAGAGCGCCGAAAAGAGACUCACGCUGUCCGGCAUCUACCAGUACAUUAUCGCCAAGUUUCCGUUCUAUGAGAAGAACAAGAAGGGCUGGCAGAAUAGCAUCCGCCACAACCUCAGCCUCAACGAGUGCUUCAUCAAAGUGCCGCGCGAGGGCGGCGGCGAGCGCAAGGGCAACUACUGGACGCUGGACCCGGCCUGCGAGGACAUGUUCGAGAAGGGCAACUACCGGCGCCGCCGCCGCAUGAAGCGGCCCUUCCGGCCGCCCCCCGCGCAUUUCCAGCCCGGCAAGGGGCUCUUUGGGGCCGGGGGCGCCGCGGGUGGCUGCGGCGUGGCGGGCGCCGGGGCCGACGGCUAUGGCUACCUGGCGCCCCCCAAGUACCUGCAGUCCGGUUUCCUCAACAACUCGUGGCCGCUCCCGCAGCCGCCCUCGCCCAUGCCCUACGCCUCCUGCCAGAUGGCGGCGGCUGCUGCGGCGGCCGCAGCGGCGGCGGCGGCCGCGGGGCCGGGCAGUCCCGGAGCCGCAGCGGUGGUCAAGGGGCUGGCGGGCCCAGCCGCUUCUUACGGGCCGUACUCACGCGUGCAGAGCAUGGCGCUGCCAACCGGCGUAGUGAACUCGUACAACGGCCUGGGGGGCCCGCCGGCCGCGCCCCCGCCGCCGCCGCCGCACUCCCACUCACACCCGCACGCACAUCAUCUACACGCGGCCGCCGCACCCCCGCCAGUCCCGCCGCACCACGGGGCCGCUGCACCGCCCCCGGGCCAGCUCAGCCCUGCCAGCCCCGCUACUGCCGCGCCCCCGGCGCCCGCGCCCACCAACGCCCCCGGCCUGCAGUUCGCCUGCUCCCGACAGCCCGAGCUCGCCAUGAUGCAUUGCUCUUACUGGGACCACGACAGCAAGACCGGCGCGUUGCACUCGCGCCUGGAUCUGUGAGAGUCCCUCAGCGCACGCAGGAUGCGAGGAUGCAGGGACGCGCGACGCGGCCUUGGCCGCAGCCACCGCCUAGCCCGACCGCGCGCCCACAGGGCGCUGUCUGCUGAGCCAGCGCCCGCGGCCCCUCUUCGCCUCCUCGCUCACCUCGAUUCCUCUCGCUCCUCUUUGUCUCCUCCGUUUCUCCUCCUGUGCUCGCCUCCCUGCCCUCUAUGCCCUUUCUCUCCUCCCUCCUGCAGGCCGCCUCUCCGCGCACUUUUUCUGUAGGCCUCGUCUCCUCGCGGCGCCCCAGCGUCUGGGCUGGACGCCCCAAGCCAAAAUUCACCGCGGAGAGAAGUGCCCAGGCUGAGGCGCGGCCAGGCGUCGGCGGCGCAGACCGCUUGGCAAUCUCCCCCAGGUCGGUGCGCUUCGCGCUCAGCUUUGCCCGCCCGGCUGCCGCGCUGUUCUUGCCUAGGAGAGCGGGUCUGGGCGGACUUCGAGCUCCGAGACGCGGGGAAAAGGAACGAACGAGUAUUUGCUCCGUACCCUCUUGAAGUUGUUCAGAAGUCGCUCCCCAGGUCCCACUGGGCAGGAUGGGGGUUGGGCCCGAGCAGGAAGCCGGUCCGCCUCGCCGGGCGGCCUACGCCCGGGUUUACACCACAUCCCGGCUCGGAGAAAGGCUGCGUUUCCUUCGCUCUCCAUCCCGCCGCCUCGGCCCCUCCAGGCCGGGGCAGCUGGCUAGGUUUGCUAAAAAGAUCAGGAGGGCUUUUUUAGAUCAUAUUUUAAACUAUAUUUGUUAAGGAAAAUAAUUCACCGGGAAAACCGGUGAAGUGUUGUGGCCUUGGAGUUUGCUUAAGGAAAACAUGAAAAUCUCUUGCAGGAAAUUGGAAGUAGAAUUCCUGCCUGUCGGGCCUGCAAAAACCUGUCUUCAGAGAGGUAGGGGAAUAUGCUCAGUAAAAGGUGGUCUCCUCUACAAAUUAGGGGAUUUUCCCCUUCUACCUAUUAACAAAAAAUCAAAAACGAAUUUUCCCGGAUCUUCCGAUGCAAGCCCGGAGUGCCGGGAGGUCACGGCCUGCCUGGCGGACGCUACAGGGGUGGCCCGACCCUGAUUUUUGUUUUCCAAAUGUUUUGCUUCUCGCACUUUGGGCAGCGGUCGGACCUAACGGGCUCGUGAGCCGGCCUGCCCGCCAUCCCCAGACCCGGUUGUUCUGUCGAGUGUCGUUUGGAGGACCAAAUUUUCUAGAGAGAACUAGAGCACUUUGGUUGUUUUGUCAAUUCCUGAAUAAAUUUCUUGUUCUUUCUCUU